AGAUGACAUGAUGGAAAAUGAAAUCAUAUGAAAAAGGGAUAUGAUCUACCUAGAUAAUUUUUGCAAUAUGAAUACUGGAAGAAGAAUAACUUAGGAAACAUAGUCUAAUGAGAAACAAUAAUAACACUGGCAAUCAUUUUUUGCGAAAAUAGAUGGAAAAUACAAUUUUCCGUUACCAAUUUUUUUCAGUAUACUUGAAAUUAUAGAACAAGGAAACAAAAAAAUCAAUGAAAUAAAUAACAAACAAGAGAGCGAAGUAACUUAGAUGAUACAUUAAAGUUUUGAUAUAUAUUAUUCAUAGUCGUUUUGUAUUUGUUUUCAAUUUUUGAAUAAUCAGAUUUUACGUUUAAUUUUUGUGCGUCUUACAGUUUCAUUUUUUUUUCUUUUUGUAAUAAGUAUUUAUCAUUUUAUUGAAACUGAAAGACGGGUGGAAGGAGGGUGGGACUCGACUUGCAGCUACCUCCGCGCGAUCACUGUUUUAAUUAUUUCUGUUUAAUGAUGAUAAAUGUUGAAAAAUGUUGAUGUGAAUUCUACUUUGCAACCUGUUCAGAAGUAGAAAUUGUCACGCCACUAUGGACGAUCUCUCUACAAAGAAAUCAACAAUAUUCCUCGCAGUCCCUGUCCGCUGUAUUGAUAAUAAACUAUAGAUAAAGGAUAACUUUAAAAGCAAACUUUAAUGAAAACUAAAGGCAGUCAGACACCAGAUACCAGACACCAGAUACCAGAUACCAGAUACCAGAUACCAGACACCAGACACCAGAUACCAGACAUCAGAUACCAGAAACCAGAUACCAGAUACGAGAUACCAGAUACCAGACACCAGACACCAGAUACCAAAUACCAGACACCAGACACCAGAUACCAGAUACCAGACAUCAGAUACCAGACAUCAGAUACCAGACACCAGAAACCAGAUACCAGAUACGAGAUACCAGAUACCAGACACCAGAUACCAGAUACCAAACACCAGAUACGAGAUACCAGAUACCAGAUACCAGCCACCAGAAACCAGAUACCAGAUAAAGAGAUAACAGAUACCAAAUACCAGAUACCAGACACCAGAUACCAGAUACCAGAUACCAGACACCAGAUACCAGACAUCAGAUACCAGACACCAGAUACCAGAUACCAGAUGCCAGACACCAGAUACCGGAUACCAGAUACCAGACAUCAGAUACCAGACACCAGAUACCAGAUACCAGAUACCAGACACCGGAUACCGGAUACCAGACAUCAGAUACCAGAAACCAGAUACCAGACACCAGACACCAGAUACCAGAUACCAAACACCAGAUACGAGAUACCAGAUACCAGAUACCAGCCACCAGAAACCAGAUACCAGAUAAAGAGAUAA